CCUCUCCUCUCCUCGCAAAUCGCAAUCUUUUCAUUUCCUCCUCUCCCGGCCCCGGGUCUUGCAGUCCCUCGGCCUUCUCGUCUGCGCGCGUCUUCUCCCUCCCGAGUCUCGGCCUGUGUUGUGUUUGGAGCUUUGGAUUUGGGGUUCAAACAAGGUUUCGCAGCAAUGGCCGUGCAAGCGCAAUACCCUGCAAACGCUUUCAGGAAUAAGAACAAUCUCCUCCAAGAGUUUCAGCUCGGAUCUUGCAACCACAAUCACAACAAUUACGAAGCAAGCCAGCAAUUCUUCAACGGAGCAACCGUAUUCAGCGGUCCUGAGAGUGAACUCACCUGCAACAUGUCCGCCUCCAGGAAGAGGACCCGAUACGAUCCAACUCACCCUCUUCAAAUGCAAAACCAUGACCCCCACUUUCAAUUUGACAGAAUGAACACAGAGGCGUCUCCAAUUUCAACCAGUUUACAAAACCUCUCCUACCAAGAUAGUCUCCGCCUCCGGAUAUUUGAAUCCAACGCCACCUCCACCAGUGGAAGAUCUUCCUAUCUUCUCCAUCAGGAUCUUACUUCUCAACUUUACCGUCACGACGUCGAAAUCGACGCAUUGGUCCGACUCCAGAACGAGAAGCUCCGAUCGAUACUGGAGGAGACGGCGAAGAGACAUUGGAGAUCGCUAGUGUCGGUUCUCGAACAGCAAGUGUGCAAGAGACUUAGAGAGAAGGAAACAGAGUUGGACAACGCGAACCGCAAGAACGCGGAGCUAGAAGUGAAAGUGAGACAGAUGAUGGUCGAGAAUCAGAUCUGGUUCAAUAUUGCCAGGAACAACGAAGUCAUCGUGUCCACGCUGAGGUCAGGCCUCGAACAGAUUCUGCUGCAGAGCAAUACAGACCAACAUGAAGUAGCAAAAGAAGGCAUGGGAGACAGCGAUGAGAUCGUAGGGGUUGUCGCGGAUGAUGCAGUGUCGUGCUGCUACGAGGUGAUGGUUGAAGAGGAAAGGGUAAGCGUGGCAGCGGAGAAAGAUAUUAAAGAGAAUAGGGAACUCAAGAGCAGGACGCGUUGUAAGGUGUGCCGGGAAAAAGAGGUUUCAGUACUGCUGUUGCCGUGCCGUCAUCUCUGCGUCUGCAAGGUGUGCGAAUCGAGACUCAGCAUCUGUCCAGUCUGCAACUCCAUCAAGAACGCUACUCUCCAGAUAGUCAUGUCCUGAUUUCAACUCACUUCUGUCGGUAUUGUCUUCUAGCCCACCACCGGUGAUCGGAAGUUUCACAGUAUUCAUAGAAGUCUAAUAAGCCGGUAACUGUCGGACGAUGCUUGUUUUUUUUUUAUUAAAAAAACAAAAUUAUGGAUUGGAUAUUGAAAUUUGUAGAGAGAGACCAGACACGAAAAAAUGCUUAUAAAAAGCAGAAACAGUUUUAGUUGUGAUUGCAUUUAAUUGAAAAAUAAUUAAUUAAUGCAACCACCGGUUCAGGGAGUGAGUAUGGUUCAGAGUCAUACUCAUAUGGUAUGUAUUGGGUUGACGAAAAUUGCGAAGCAUAGAUAGAUAGAAUAGUGGGAACGGGGAAGAACAAAAAGGGUCGAGUCUUGUCCCUUGUGGAAGUUAAGGCAAGAUAUUCGUGAAGUGAAUAAAGAAAGAAGUAACUA